AUGGUGAUGGCUACAAGGGUUGUUUUGGUGACAUUUGUGUUACUUGUGUUGUUUGCCAUUAACUGUAAAUCCUCUAGUGUUGGUCACACGCCCUCAAAAGAAGAGGAAGCUCGUGAUUUUCAAGAUGUGAAAGCCAAGACUAUGGAAACUGCCAACAAAGCAUCAGAAACGGGAAAGGAAGGGAAAGAAGCCGCAGAAACAUGGACUGGAUGGGCCAAAGAGAAACUCACUGAAGGACUUGGCUUCAAAGAUAAGGAUAGCACCACUCACAAAGCAUCUGACUAUGCUUCAGACACUGCACAGAAAACCAAAGAUUAUGCUAGUGAAACUGCUAAAAAAGCCUCUGAUCAAGCCCAAGAUGCUGCUGAGAAAACAAAAAACAAUGCUUGGGAUGCUUCUCAAAAGAUAAGAGAUUAUGCAACUGAUGCUGCUGAGAAGAACAAACAUUGUGCCGGUGAUGCUACUGAGAAUACUGGUUGUUAUUAUACUGAUGAUGCUCCAGAGGACACCAGAGACUUUGCUGGUGAAGCUUUGCAUAAGGCUAAAGAAUAUGCUUCUGAUGCUGCACAAAAAGCUGCACAGAAGGCCAAAGAAUAUGUCACCGGGGCCGCGUACAAAUCUAAAGAAUAUGCUGGUGAUGCAGCGGAGAAGACUAAGGAGUAUGCAAGUGACGCCACAGAGAAGACCAAAGAUGCAGCAUAUAAAACUAAAGAUUAUGCUGGGGAUGCAGCAUACAAUACUGCAAAGAAGACUAAAGAGUAUGCAGGUGAUGCAGCAGAGAAGUCGAAAGAUGCAGCGUACAAGACAAACGACUAUACUGCAGAAAAGGCGAAAGAGUAUGCAAGUGAUUCUGCAGAGAAGACAAAAGAUGCCGCACAGAAGGCCAAAGAUUAUGCCGGUGAUGCUGCAUACAAUGCCGCACAGAAGACCAAAGAAUAUGCCGGUGAUGCCGCACAGAAGACCAAAGAAUAUGCCGGUGAUGCCGCACAGAAGACCAAAGAUGCUGCAUAUAAGACCAAAGACUAUGUAGGUGAUGCAGCAUAUAAAUCCAAAGAUUAUGCAGGUGAUGCUACACAGAAGGCCAAAGAUUAUGCAGGUGAUGCUGCAGAAAAGACAAAAGAGUAUGCCAAUGAUGCUUCAUACAAGUCCAAAGACGACGCUAGUUAUGCUGCUCAGAAGACCAAAGAGGCUUCAGAACAUGCAAAUGAUGCUGCUCAGAGAACCAAAGAGGCUUCUGAACAUGCAACUGAUAGUGCUCAGAAAAACGCUGCUGCAUCUGGGGAAUACAUUGCUGAGAAGGCAAAGCAAAAAUCACAAAAUUUGAAAGAUAAAUUGGGUGGAAAACGUGGAGAUGAUGAGCUUUGA